GGAGGAAGAGGAAAAACGACAGCAGCCGCAGAAGCCAGUGUGGAUUCGUCGUCGACUCGCCUUGCGUGACAACACGGGCAAUCGCAUUCGGGCUUCGGGUUGCUCCCAUUCGACACCAUGUCUGAAUUGUUGCGCUACAUCGACUACGACCACAAGGCGACCUUCCUGAAGAUGCUCAACCAGCAGCGCAUGGAAGGUGAGCACUGCGACGUGGUGGUGGUGGUGGAGAAUAUCGAGUUCCGGGCUCACCGCUGCGUCUUGGCGGCCUGCAGCAACUACUUCAAGAAGCUGUUCAAGAAGCAGAACGACGAGGACAACUCCAUCGUAGAGCUCGACUUCAUCCGCUCGGACAUCUUCGAGGAGGUGCUCAACUAUAUGUACACGGCGCGGCUGGCCGUACGCAAGAAGGACAUUAACAUGAUGAUGUCGUCAGGCCAGAUCCUGGGCAUCAACUUCCUGGACAACCUGUGCUCGCAGAAGCGCGAGCUGACCAACAUGAAGACUCGCGAAAACCAGGCGCCGCCCGGCGACCACGGCCUGCGCGCGCAGGACGCCAUCCUCAAGGAGCUGGCCAUGGAAGAGGUGCGCAAGAACAGCUUCUACGACACGAGCAUGGACGGUAUGGGCGGCGCGGGCGGCUCGCACGUGCCACAGCCGCACGGCUACAACACGGGCCUGCCCAAGGAACCGCACGCGCACGGCUGGGGCUCGUCGUCCUCCGGCGACAUGAAGCUGGAGUACCUCCUGUACGGCCACCGCGACCACGGCUCGCUGCCCGGCGCCGGGGCCAAGCCGCUGGAGCACGGCGCCAAGAAGGAGCGGCUUCUCACCGCCAACCGGCCGUACGGCUGCGAGCACUGCCCGAAGGCCUUCACCACCGCCGCCCACCUCAAGGAGCACCUGAAGAUCCACUCGGGCUUCAAGCCGCACCGCUGCGUGGUGUGCGGCAAGGCGUUUAUCCGCGGGCCCGACCUGAAGCGGCACGAGCGCGUGCACAGCAACGAGCGGCCCUUCGCCUGCCAGCUGUGCGAGAAGGCCUUCAAGCACAAGUCACACCUGAAGGACCACGAGCGGCAGCACCGCGGCGAGCGGCCGUUCAACUGCGGCUCGUGCGACAAGGCCUUCAUCAAGGCGUCGGACCUCAAGCGCCACUGGAACACCAUGCACAGCGGCAACCCGCGCCGUCAGAUGUCGCUGUCGCCCGCCGCCUCGCAGCACGCCGCUGACGACCAGCGGGACUGGAAGCUGGAGGCGGCGGCCGCGGCGGCGGCGCACUCGCACAACUCCGACUGCUGAGACUGGUGUGCCCCCCCCCCAAAAGCCCACAUCCGGCAGGCUCGAAAGACUUCUUCUUUGUUUCCACGUGUAAAAUCAACGUUUCGUUUUUCUCACAAACCAUUGUUAGAAUUAUGGUCUCAUUAUUAUUUUGUUUGUGUCAUGAUGCCCAAGAGGAGCUUAAAGGAGACAUUAUUAUAUAUACACACACACAGUUUAACCCUCCUGUUGUGUCACCAAUAAUGCCCACGGUCAGCAUGAGCCCCUAUCCGUUUUCUAUUUUUCUUUGCUUUUUAUAAUUGAAAGAGAAAAGAAGCAUCAUCAUAAAUUUUAUGCAAUUUUUUUUUCAUUUAAUUUUAUGCAAGUGGAUAUAAAGUUUACACACCCCUUUUCAAGUGUCAUUUUUUGUGAUAUAAAAAAUGACACCAAGUUAAAUAAUUUCAAAACUUUUUCCAAUAUUAAUGUGAACUCUAACCGCUCCAACUCAGUUGAAAAAUAUAUGGCUGGUGGCAGCUCCCGGUGGACCAUGUGUUGACAAAAAAAACUGACAGGAACUUAGAGCAUCUGAAAGUUAAUUCUGAAUGAACACAGCCACAUUCCAAGAGUGUGUGCACAUUAUCUCAGUUGUUUAUUUUUACUUCCCCUCUCAAAAGAUUUAUUUUAUUUUAUUUUUUGUCAACUUGAGUUAUUCCGGUUAUAGAUGAUGACACAAUAAUGGAAAAAGUUUUGAAUUGCUUUGUCUUGGUCUCAUUUUAUUUAUUUUUUUUACUUCACAAAAACCUGACAUUUGAACAGGGCUGUGUAGACUUUUUUUUUUUAUCCACUGUAUAAAUUUAAUUUCAACCCUCAUUAAAAAAAAUAUACAUAUCCAUUUUUGAACGGCUCUAUGUAACAGAAUAUUUAAAAAGUAUAAUAACAGUGCAUAUUUUAGAGAGAAGAAAAAAAUGUGAGGACAGCAGAAUAAGUUUAAGCCUCCUUUUUUUUCCUCAAAUUUCACACAGGUCAAUGUGACCUGCUCCACGCGUAAUUUAUUAUAAUAUUACACAAUGUAAAUCCUGUUUUGAUUUGUUUUUUAAAUGGAGGGGAGCGGAAUUUUUUUCUAAAUUUUCAUGUGGGGCCCAUUUAAUACAAUGCAAAUUGUUUUUUUUUUUAAAGAAAAGGAAAAACAAGGUCAGUAAAGUACAUUUAUUCCUCAUUUAAUUAAAUGUUUUUCUCCAUAUUUUCAACUAGAUCAGUAUGAGCCACAACUUAACAACAGGAGGGUUGAAACACUUACCAGGCGUCAUUAAUAAAAGUUCAAAAAUUCUCGGGUCAAAACGCACAAAAAGUUGAAAGUACUUUUGGUUGGGGGUGGAGUCAGUCUCUGCUCGCCCCGCCCCCGUCAACUACGGAGCCAACGCCGAGUACGGCUUUCGUUUCGAGCGGCUACUGUGACUAGCUAGCCCGAACUGAAGAAAAAGGAAUCCCUUUUUGGGACAUAGACAAUGAACAAAAUAUUUCUUUGAUUUCACAGACACAGACCUAUUUGUAUACAAGCAAUGAAAAAGUUCUGUUUUCACAUUAUGUCCUCUUUAACUUUAGUUGCGUAUAUUCAUGUGGGUGUUUUUAAAUGGACGUGUUUAUAGUCAGUACCGAUUGGCCGCUCUGUACGAUAAAGCGAGGCGACCGUUUCCUGCGUUUGUCACGCGGCGAUGAGAGCAACGCGGCGGAUUGCCGGCGACUAAUUUACUGUCAUACAGUAACACGCACGCGUCAGCGGUCAGCGACGGACGUCUGUAUAUACUGUAGCUUACAAUGAUUAGCUUGUGGCACAAUUUAGAGUUCACAACAAGGAAUUAUGCACAUACGUAUACAAAUAUAUAAAUAUUAAUAACGUUGUCCCACUCUGACGCUUUGACAAUAAUUUUUGAUUUGUUUUUGUUGCUGUUGAAAGCGCACCUUUAAAUCACGGAGGAGCGUUUAAGGCCGCACCCAAAAGGAAAGUAAAUGCUACGACCAUAAAAGACCGUGAAGAGACUUAAAGUUGUCAUUUAAUGAGAAACAAGUGCUACUUUACAAUAAACUCAUAAUGUUCAUGUGAUGUACUUUUUUUUCUGCGAUAACCACUUUAUUCUUGACUAUUAAUUUUCAGGGGAAAAAAAUGUCCAUGAAAAGAAUCUCACUUUAUUCUUGUAAUAAGACUUUCUCUGGAAAAAAAAGACUAUAUUCUUUUAACAUUUCCUUGAAAAGAGUACUAAUUUCUCAUGAGACUUUCUGUGGGUGGGGGGACUUUAUUCUUGUAAAUUGAUGAAUUAAAAAGUAUAAUUCUCAUUGGUUUACACUUAUACUGUCUUUGACGUUACGAUUGUUUCUUGAAAAAUGGUCACUUGUGAUAUUGCCAUUUUUUUCCUGCCCUUUUCAGUGUGGCCUUAAUACUCCUUCAUAUUUAAUAGUGUGCUCUUGCUAUUUCUAUUUGGUUCUUUUAUGUUCCCUGUUUAAAAAAAAUCACAUUUCACCAAAGCUUUUACUAUAGUCUAAUGUGAUUUUAUAUAACUGACAGGUUAAACUCAACCCACAGGAUACAAGUAUAUUUUUGUAUAUUUAAUGACCGACUGCAACACUCAUCUAAAUAUUACUUAUUUGUUUGUAUUUGGAAGUAAAAGAAAAUCAACUGUCACUGUCUGAAUAUGAUAUCAUAAUAUUUGUCAUUUUAAAAUAAAAGCUCGAGCUUG